AUGUCGACUGCGUUUGACGACGAUGGCUUUAGCUCAAACACUGACUACGAAAUGAGCAACGUCUUUCACCUGGUUCAAAAUGGCGUUGAUCAUGUGAUUGAAAAGGGCGUGGCCACCUGGAAUAGAGAGUCCCGUUUGAAAGUGAUUGGUCCCCUUUUUCCCAACAAGCAAAUCGGUUUUGGAGGCGUCACAUUCAAAGUGGGAAUAUUCCUGGUCGAACCUUACACGAUGAUUAACGAAAAAAAUGGCAACUAUAUUGGACUUUGCAUAUCGAUUCUGGAAGAGCUUGGCACGCAACUCAACUUCAAAUACAGCUUGAUUCGAUCCCCAGACCGUGCGUCGGGAACAGAACAGCCAGAUGGUUCCUGGAACGGAUUGGUAGGAAUGACCAUGCGCAAUGAAGUGAAUUUCUCUAUUGGUCCAUUUACGAUGACGAAAAAACGCGAAGACGUCGUCGAUUUCACGAUGCCUUAUACUGACGAGAAACGAGGUGUUCUCGUUAAAAAAGAAGCUUCCUCGUCAGAAGACGCUUUCCGCAUCAUUCGGCCAUUCACUGUGAAGCUGUGGACAUCUUUGGUAGCUGUCAUCCUCUUGGUAGGCAUUGUACUUGCUGUAAUUAACAAACUUAAACCGGACAUUAUUUUAAACGCUCACGAGCCACCGGAUCGAGAUGACCACAGCCUGAAAGAAACUUUGUGGCUGAUCAUAUCACAUUAUAUGCAACAAGGUAAAUUGUUUGGGACAUUGAAACACACUUAA